CAUCGCUGCAGGCUUCAGUAUUGAUUUUGCCGACUUGUGGCUUUCUUACGAUCGAGGCCGGGCAAAUCUAGCUCGCGAAAUGGGGGUACUCAAGUAGCAACUGUGGACUGAUGUAUGUCCGCUUCGCUACUGGCCGCGUGUCAAGUAUGGUUUAGUGAUUUGCAGAUGAUCAAGUCUAACAUUCCGUCCAAGCAUAUAAGGAUGAUGGAAUGACCAUUUCUACGGAUGUGGAAAAAUCACAUCUAAUAAGAUACAUUAACCAGAGGAAGGUCUUACUGACUGACAUACUUUGCAUAUUAAAAUAACAUUGUUACGACCAUACACAUUUCCUCUCAUUCAUCUAGUCCUCAUAAUGUCAAAUACCAAGGCGAUCGCUUUCUUUGGAGCUUCUGGAGGUUGCGGACUGUCAGCCCUCAAGCAUGCUCUCGCAGAAGGUCAUACUUGUAUCGCGCUCUGCCGUUCACCCUCAAAACUCACAGACCAGUUCCCAGCGGACAAGUACCCCAAUCUGAGCGUGAUCGAAGGAAAUGCACAUGACGUCGCGGCAGUCUCAAAGUGCAUAGUGCAACCCUCCGACCCCCUGAAAAUUGUAGACCACAUAUUAUCGUCAAUCGGUGGUGUUUUCCAGCCCAGCAAGCUCACCAUCGAUGACCCUCACGUCUGUGAGCGGGGCAUGGAAGCCCUCCUUCAAGCACUCGCAAAUGUGAGGGCAAACGGAGCGACAGGAAGGCCGCAUAUCUCUGCUCUGAGCACAACCGGCAUCUCAAAGGCCGGGCGCGACCUGCCGCUCGCUAUGGAUUUGUUCUACCGCAUGGUCAUAAGCGUGCCGCACAAGGAUAAGAGAGCUAUGGAGGACCUGGUUGUGAGCAGUCGUGAGGACUUUACAAUUGUCAGGCCGAGCUUGCUAGUGGCGGACAAGGAGCAUGAGGACUGGGAUAUCAGGGUUGGAAUUGAGGACUUGAUGGGUGGAAAGAAUAUCGUCGAGAGGAAGGAGUGGGGCUACACAAUUUCUAGAGCUGAUGUUGGAAAAUGGAUUUACCAAAAUCUGAUAAAGGAGGACGAAGGAAGACAAUAUGUCGGAAAAGCCACCAGUCUCACAUGGUAAUUUGGCGGGUUACUCUACACGGGUUAUGAGCUUGGUAUCGUCUUUUUACGGCUGGCUUGAUCGCAAAUGUGACGAUUUGACGUUGUUUUUCGUCCACCACAACUUUCCAUAAUUAUUAUUAUGUGAUGGACUACUUCCAUCAACUUCUAAUACAUCACAGAACAUAU